GACACGGAAGUGCAAAACCUGCAGAGCCAAGUGAGUGUUAAUCCUACCAGAUGAAACCUUAACCCUUACCAGAUAGCAAGUGUCUUAUGAUGUUUUGUCCUGUAAAAACUAAUGAUUGAUGAAAUAGAAGCCUUGUCUUCUAUAUAUGGGGACGACUGGUGCGUAAUUGAUGAAGCUGCAAGAACGUUUUGCAUUACCAUUUCCGAUUCAUCAGAUCAGCCUAAGUGGACCCUUUGUUUACAGGUUAUUCUUCCUGCAGAAUAUCCUUCAGCUGCACCUCCGUUUUAUCAGCUAAAUGCUCCGUGGCUUAGGGGUCAAGAUCGAACAGCAUUAUCAAAUAGUCUGGAAGAAAUCUAUCUGCAAAAUAUUGGUGAGAACAUCCUUUAUCUAUGGGUCGAAAGGAUCAGAGAAUUUUUGGUGGAAAAACCUCACACGUCUGAUAUAGGACCAGUGUUAGAGGCUGCAACAGAGGAAGUUGUAGAUGAGGAUUUAGUUGAUGAAGAAUUUGACUUAUGGAAGGACAAAAAUGUGAUACUGAGUGCACUUUCUGUAUCCUCUGAAGUGGAUGAACUACCUCCGAUAAAACACGCAGAUCCAAUUAGUGACCGAAGGAGUACAUUUCAGGCUCAUCUUGCUCCAGUGGUUAGCCCCAGUCAAGUUAAAAUGGUUCUAAAUAAGCUAUAUGAGAAUAAGAAAAUUGCUGCUGCAACGCACAAUAUUUAUGCAUAUAGGAUAUAUUGUGAAAACAGACAAACAUUUAUUCAAGAUUGUGAAGAUGAUGGUGAAACUGCAGCAGGAAAACGUUUGCUUCAUCUAAUGCAGAUUUUGGAUGCCCGUGAUGUCAUGGUGGUUGUUUCACGGUGGUAUGGAGGAAUCCUUCUUGGACCCGAUCGUUUCAAGCAUAUCAAUAACUGUGCACGAAAUAUACUGGUGGAAUAUAACUACACUAACUCUACAGAAGAAUCUGCCAAAUCGCAAGGGAAGAACAAAAAAGUAAUGAAAGAAAAUAAGAAGAAGACAGAACAUUGAUAUCAAUAGUUUUAUUUUUUUAAAUCAAAAUAUUUUUAUUAUUACGUAUGGGUAAAUAUAUUUUAUUGUAAAUAAUGAAAUGAUUUGAGCAGAGACAAGAAAAUAAACUAACACCUAGAAAAUACUAGCAAUGACAAUUAUUACUCUAAACAAUGUAUGAUUGAUCCUAAUACCCCUGUUUUCAGGUAGGGUUAUUCAUGACAGGUAGUGGCAAGUAGGGUAGUAGUCGCUGUCGUUUGGUGGGUGGAGUUAAGCAGAAAAAGGCAGGGUUGAGCAGAUUAUGGGCAAGUGUGGAGCUGGUCAUGAGAUGUGGUGGUCACUUUGGAAGCCGUCACUUUUCUAGAGAAGAAAAAGCUGCAUGAGGGUUUGUGACAAUCCCGAAAUGCGUGGGGCAGUUGUGAGUUUUGCUGCAUGGAAGUAAAAUAUAUGUAGUAAAUGAGAAAAUAAAAUAUGGAGGCUAACUGAAUCAAUAUUGAUGUAUACAGCGUUUUUUCACUUAAAGGGACAUGAAACCCAAAUGUUUCCUUUAAUGAUUCAGAUAGAGGAUGCAAUUUUAAACAACUUUCUAAUUUACUUCUAUUAUCUAAUUUGUUUUAUUCUCUUGGUAUAAUUUGUUGAAGGAGCAACAAUGUAUUAAUGGUUUCUAACUGAACACAUGGGUGAUCCAAUAACAAUAUAUAUAUAUAUAUAUAUAUAUAUAUAUAUAUGCAGCCCAAGGGUUGCAGGUUCGGUUCCUGGUGAGGUCCACUCAGCCUUUCAUCCUUUCAAGGUCGAUAAAAUGAGCAGCGCCUUGAGACCCUGACGUUUGAUUAGCUGCGCUUUACAAGUACCACAUACAUACAGACAGCUAGAACCUAGGUUAUCUGCUGCUUACCUAGAUAAACCUUUCAGCAAAGGAUAACAAGAGAAGGAAGCAAAUUAAAUUAUAGAAGUAGAUUGGAAAGUUGUUUAAAAUUGUAUUCUCUAUCUGAAUCAUGAAAGAACAUUUUUGGGUUUCAUGUCCCUUUAACUAAUAAUAUCAACUGAGAUUUGCAAUGAACAGUUUUAUAUAAUAUUGUGUAAUUUUCUACCAGCAUAUUUAAAUUAAUAUUCUUAUGAUUGUAUUUAAGUUAUGUACAGGUUUCAUAGUGUAAAAAUGUUAUUAGAACGAUAUUUUAUGUUAUUAUUAAGCCAACAAACAACUGUGAAAAAAUGUGAACAGAGCAUAUGCAAGAAAAAUGGAAAAAGAAAGAAAAAUGUCAAGUGCUGGGAUAAGGCAUGCAAAAAAGAUUAAAAAAAAAUCAGGACAUUAAUGCUGUUAAAAUAGGUUCCAAAAUAAUGUAAAAGAUGAAUACAUUAGUCAUUACAUGCUUUAGUAACAGACAGCUGGUGCUGAAGGAGGUACAUGAAGGAAAUCUUUAAAAAAAAUUGUUAAUUUUCUAAGCAAAAAUGUAGCUACAUAUUUUAUAUGCUUUACAUUUGUUUGACUUUCUCUUGUUUUAUGUUUACAAAAUAAAUACUUCAUAUAGGA